AAGAGGUAUCGUCUUUUCUUGUAUUUCAUUAUAUUCAUUCGUAAACUGAUAAUGUGUAUGAUAUAUAUAUCUCUGUGAAUUCGUUUAUUCCACAUUCUGUCUGAUGACAUUGAGAUCAGGUUGUGUUUGUGCAAUCAGUCUACCACCAGCUUGCUAUUGAGAUCUUGGAAUUUGUAAAUCAUAAUACAUUCAGCUAACCCGCAAGCAACCCGUUCGUUUAGUUUAACUUUGACAUAUUAAGUAUUACAAUGAAAUUAUACAUUGUUAGUUUCUUGUUUAUGAUCUCCAAUUGUUGUGGAUCCGUGGAUAUAGGAAAAUAUCUAAAGACAUGUGAACGUAAUUCUCCGGAUGUCAACGAUUGUCUCGUUGAAGCUAUUCAAAAUGGUAUUAGCGCUAUGGCCGGUGGAAUCAAAGACAUAGGGGUACCAUCCAUCGAUCCUUUCUAUCAAAAAGAAGUCCGUUUUGAUUAUAAAAAUAAUCUGAUAAAGGCCAAGAUGGCUGCAAAAAAUUCGUGGGUUAGAGGUCUGAAAGACUCGACGGUUAAAGACGUGAGGUUGCGGGCGGAUGACGACAGUUUUUAUAUGGAAGUAGAUAUGUUCUCUCCAGCUAUAUCUGUUGACGGCAAGUACGAAGGUGGGGGCAGUUACAAUGAUUUAAACGUUACUGCCUACGGAGACUAUGUAACGAAUAUGACUGAUCUCGUUUACACUUGGAAAAUGGAAGGAAAACCCGAAACUAUUGGAGACGAUGUUUUUGUUAGAAUUACGUCCUUCUACAUGAGACCCGACGUUAGUAACAUGCAUGUUUACCUCAGCAAUGACUCUCCUAAUAGUAAGGAUUUAACGGACUUGGGAGUGAAGUUAGUUAAUGAGAAUUGGAGGUUAUUGUACAAGGAGUUACUGCCAUUUGCUCAAAGUAACUGGAACAAAAUUGGAAUUAAGGUUGCGAACAAGAUAUUCCUGAAAGUACCUUACAAUAAACUGUUUCCUAACAAUUAGUUCAUACGCCGCUAUGUACAUAUUACCUAUAUAAAUUUAAAAGCGUGUUAUGUGAUAACUACUUAGGUACUUAAUAAUUUUGUUACACGGAUAUGGAUUAUUGUUUUAUUUCAUGCUAUUUACUAUUAAGUUUUGUUAAUCAAAUGAUCAUUGAUAUUAAGAUACAUAGAGUGAGUUUUCUUAAAUUGGUAGUAUUUUGACAAUCAUAAUAUUCAUUUUAUUUAAAAAAAUUAUGCUUUAGUAAUAAAUAAAUUAUAUUGAUAAAUUACUGUUUUAUAAUUAAUGUACAACAAUAUGAAUAUAUUUUAUUAUAAGUGUAAGUACAUUUCAAGUAGGCGUUAAAUAUCAGGUCGGGAUUUUCAAAUAUAAAAGUUGAUUGUUUAUUUCAAUCGUUUCAAUUUGAAGCCAAGUAUCAAAUGUUUCUGAAAAAUUCGAGUUUCACACGAGACCAAAUAAACUUUAGUAUUAAGCAUUUUGGUUCUUGUUACUAUGAGAUAUAAUAAUAAUUUAGAAUUUACAGUAAUUAUUUGUAGGAUCAUUUUUAGUAAUGUUCAUACAUGUAUAGUACAUACUAAUUUCGUAAAGGUGGGUAAGUGACAAUAAUCUCAUGUAACUGCUAGCUUGUAAUUGCUACAGUUAUUAAGAACACAGUACUAUUGUUACUGGUAAGGCUAAGUAUAAAAAAAUAUGAACACAA